UACACAACCGGCGCACCGUGCACCGAUCCUCCAAAAUGGCGAAUUGGAAGGAGUGAUCUCUUUUAAAGCUUUUUCAAGACAUGCGGCAUAUGUUCCGCUUUUUCCAAAGACUAAAAUCAACCAGAAAGGCUUUCCAGCAUUCAAAGUUGGUUGCAUAUCAGUCACCAUCAAAUAAACUUGGUCAAAGACAACUUCAUGUUUCCAGCAUAUUCUUCUCCAAGAAACAUGAUAUACAAAAGAAAUCUGAGGUUUUGAUUGAUUCCUCAGUAACCAUUGCAGAAUUGGCAAAGCAUGUUGGAGUGUCAAUUAAUGAUCUUGUGAGAUUUACUAAAGAUGCUGGAGAGAAAGUUGAUAGAGGACCUAAGACAUUGCUUAAGCCAGAAAUUGUUGAGCUGAUUCUUUUGGAACAUGGCUUUACUGCAAGAUUCCAUGACGAGGAUUUUGAUAUAUCACCAAGACCACCAUGUAUGGACCAGAGUAUUUUAAAACGACGUUACCCUGUGGUCACCAUAAUGGGUCAUGUUGACCAUGGAAAGACAACAUUGUUGGAUAGGUUGAGAAAGACAUCUGUUGCAGCUGCCGAGGCUGGUGGAAUAACCCAACAUAUUGGAGCAUUUUCAGUUAAAUUACCAAAUACAUUUAGUAUUGUAUUCAUUGAUACCCCUGGGCAUGCUGCUUUUGAGACCAUGCGUGCACGUGGUGCUCAUGUUACAGAUGUGAUAGUGUUGGUUGUCGCCGCAGAUGAUGGUGUGAUGCCUCAGACUAUUGAAUGUAUCAAUCAUGCAAAUAAUGCAAAUGUUCCUGUAAUUGUUGCAAUUAACAAAAUUGAUAGACCAAAUGUUAAUCUGGCUAAAGUGAAAAAUCAACUUCUUAGCCAUGGUCUACAACUGGAAGAAUUUGGAGGAGACGUUCAGACGGUUGAGAUAUCAGCUUUGAAUGGCAUAAACCUUGAUCAUCUGACAGAAGCAGUAACCACGCACGCGGAGAUUGCCGACUUGCGCGCGGAUUUCACUGGAUUAGCUGAGGGAGUUGUAUUGGAGUCGAGAAUAGAGAAAGGACGAGGAGCCAUCGCAACUGCUCUUGUCCAGAGAGGCGUUUUAAAGAAGGGUGCGGUGCUAGUUGCUGGGUCGUGUUCUUGCAAGGUUCGUCAGUUGUUGGACGACAGCGGGAAAACAAUGAUCAGAGCGAUGCCUUCAACGCCAGUUCAAAUUACGGGUUGGAAAGAACUUCCUGAAGCUGGAGAGCUUUUACUGGAAGUUGAAUCUGAAAACAUUGCAAAUAAGGUGACGAAUCAUCGGAAAAAUAAACAACAAAGUAUGAAGAGUUAUGGACCACGUUUAUCAGAGUCGGACAAUCUGGAAGUUAUGAUGAAGAAUUUCAGCAAGUCUUAUGACAGUACGGAGAAGCUUGAUGUGGUUAUCAAAGCUGAUGUAAAUGGAUCUCUUGAAGCAGUUUUAGACGCUAUAAAAACCUAUAAAGCUGGAAAACCUAAACUGUCCAUUGUUUCGUCUGGCGUUGGCGCUGUUUCCGAAAAUGAUAUUCGGUUACUGGAACCUUUCAAAGGAAUUUUGUUUGCUUUCAAUGUGGCCGUAUCAAAAGAUCUUCAGAAAUUAGCGCAGCAAUUGGACGUCAGGAUUCACACGGGAAGAGUUAUAUAUCGUUUAUUAGACACUCUUAAGGAGGAAAUGUCUGCAAAGCUUCCACUGGUUCGUGAGGAUAUUCCCAUCGGUGAGGCGACGGUGUUAAAAGUAUUUCAACUCUCUGGGAAGAGAAAAGCCACGGUUGCUGGUUGUCGUGUAAAACAAGGUCAGCUACGAAGAAAGGAAAGUUAUCGCGUCUACAGAAAUAACCAAGCCAUAUUUGAAGGGAUUUUAUCCAGCAUGAAGCGAGAGAAUGAUGAUACAGAAUUAGCGAAGAAAGAAACAGAAUGUGGACUUUGUUUUGAAAACUUUCACGAUCUUAAGGAAGGCGACAGAGUAGAAUGUUUCAGCAAGACUUUUAAUAAACAAGAAGUAAACUGGAAGUGGAAUUUCUGAAAGAAAAAGAGACCCGAGCUCUUCGACGUAGGCUUUGUUCAAGAAAUACUUCUGAUUUUGAAUCUCAAGUAUGAUUACAAAAUUGUUAUCACUGUGAACAGCUUUAUCAAGUUCUAAUGAUCCCACUCCAGUGGACACGAAGACUCUGAUUCAAGUGUUCCAAGUGAAAUCACAUCAAAAUAUAACUAGCCGCCUCCUUUUUUUCGUCGAACCAUACUUUAACCUCCUCUAACCUAUCAUGACAAAUGUGCUUAAGAAUUAAAAUCGCAUUCAUAAUUCUAUCAUCAGAAAAGCAUGUCAUUUUAUAGGCAAGGACACUGUAUGUAUCGCUCUUAUGAUAAAUACUUGCAUGCGUCAAACGUGUUGAAAAGUAACAUUAUAUGUCGCUGAAGUUUAAUUAGCAAUGUCACAACGACGGUCUGGUUUUAAACUUUGGUCACUCAUGAUAUCUUCUUAACAGCGUUAUUAAGGUCGGGACCUUUCCAUCCCAUUUUAACUUUCCACUCCUUGCAAACUAGAUUAUGAUUGUAUAUUUUAAAAGUUACCUCCGUUGCUUUAUGUAAAAUGGACUGUAUAGUUCAUGUGGGGAAAAUAAACCACAGUUUCUUGUAGUUUAGUUACAACAGGUCGAGAUUAUACAACAUACACAAUGAGACUGGAAUCUAUUACG